CUCAAAUCGCGGAGAAAUUAGCCGAAUCUUCCAGAAUACUUCUUCCAUAUAAUAAUAUGUAGCUCACUUCUCCUUCUUCGUCGUUUCCAUCGUUUCCUAUCCCGAUUGAAUUAAUUACUGCAGUUUUCUUUGAUCGAAUCAAUAUUUUCGAUGCCUACUCGUCCGUUCGGAGGAAUAGCCCAGGACUGGGAGCCGGUGGUGCUUCGUAAGCAAAAGCCCAAGUCCUCAGAGCUCCGCGACCCGAAGGCCGUGAACCAGGCGCUUAGGACCGGCGCUCAGGUUCUGACCGUGAAGAAAUUUGACGCCGGUUCAAACAAGAAGGCUCCGGCAACGGCAGUGAACGCAAGGAAGCUGGACGAGGCGGCGGAGCCGGCUGCGCUGGACAGAGUUCCGGCGGAGGUGAGGCUGACUAUACAGAAGGCGAGGAUAGAGAAGAAAUUGACACAAGCGGAGCUAGCAAAGCAGAUUAACGAGCGAACUCAAGUGGUCCAAGAGUACGAGAAUGGAAAGGCUGUGCCAAACCAGGCGGUGCUGGCUCGGAUGGAGAAGGUUUUGGGAGUCAAGCUGAGAGGGAAGCCAAAAUGAUUGAUCGUGUGAUUGAUUGUUGAGAUAGAAUAACUUUGAACUACGUUGGGUUGUGAAUUUGUGAUGUCUUGGAAGUCAGAAUUGCUGUAAUGCGAAUUCUCAAUGGAAAUGAAGCCAUUUGUAUCUUAUAAACUUGUACUCCGUAUAUACUAGUAUUAUACUCCUCUGUCCAAGUUUCCGUCCACUAUUCACA